AUGGCCGACGACGAUCAGUCAACAAGGACGGUACAAAAGGCGGUCGAGCGUGCCGUUACAGGCGUUGUGGCGUUAGUCACAACAAUGCUGGAUAUAUGGAUAAUAAACAAUUCAAAGGCCGAUAUUCCGAAAGCUCGAAAACAUCCGAUAAUAUUGCCAUCUCGACACUACAUAACGAUCAUUAAGAAGCUGAUCAUUAAGAAAGGACACGUCCGGCUGCAGCAGUGUGGUUCGGAGAACUUAUUGUGUUCGCUACGAUCCAAAUACUGGAUAUUGAGUGGUAGAAGAGAAGCAAGGAAGGUCAAGAGUAGUUACUUUCAAUGCUUCCGAAGUAAACCAAAGAUUCCAGAAGUCAUGAUGGGAGAUCGACCGAGCGAGCGUGUUCAUAGAUACCUAAGACCGUUCACUACGACAGGCGUAGAUUAUGUAAGGCCACUGCAAGUACGAGAAAAUCGUCGACGUGGUAGAGUUCACUCUUCAAAGGCGAGGAUCGCUGUGUUCACCUAUUUCGCUAUAAAGGCAAUUCAUUUGGAACUCCUCACAGAGUUAACGACAGAAGCGUUUUUGGCAGGUCCACGGAGGUUUGUUGCUCGCAGAGACAUUUGCUCGAAAAUUAUCUCCGACAACGGUACUAAUUUUGUUGGAGCAGCGCAACAAUUGAAAAAAGUAUUCGAGUUUUUGAAAAACGAAAACAAUGUGAUAUCAAAGCAUCUCUCUCGACAAAAAACUGACUGGAAGUUCAUUCCACCCAAAACACCGCAUUUUGGUGGUUUGUGGAGGACGGCCGUCAAAGCGACAAAACGAUAUUUAAAGACGGUUACGAAGGGCAUGGUUCCCACGUUCAAGGAAUAUUACACUCUCUUAGUCGAAAUUGAAUCAAUCUCUAGCUUCUGA